AUGUGGCAGGCGCAGGCGGAUGGAGGAGGUGUUGCGACCCACAAGAUGGAAGACGUGGAGAUCGUGUACGAAACACCAGCUAAGGCGAUGAUGGGGGUGGCUCCACGGAGGACGUACGCAGAAAGUCUGGCCGGACGUAGUCUCGCUAGCAACGAACCACAACGCGAUCACCCAGCCCCGAGUAGCGACGCCCCACACGAGGAAGCGGUGGAGGAUGAUGAUCCUCUAUGCCCCAUGAUCAGACUGACCAAGAGUGAGAUCGAAGCGAUCCGAGCCCCCUGGAGAAAGGCGCUCAUCAUCAAGGUGAUGGGUCGCCGGGUGGGCUAUGCGUACCUUCAACAUCGUUUGACAUCCAUGUGGAAGCCAAAGGGUAGCAUGGAUCUGAUUGCCAUUGCCAACGAGUAUUUCUUGGUGCGAUUCGGAUCAGUGGAUGACUUGGAAUUCUCCAUGUACGAAGGGCCGUGGAUGGUGUUAGACCAUUAUCUGAUCAUGAAACCGUGGGAACCAGACUUUGAUCCGUACAAUGACACCACUGAAAAGAUACUUGUUUGGGUACGUGUCCCCGACUUACCUGCUGAAUAUUUUGAUGCUAUUUUUCUCAGGAAGCUAGGUAAUCGAAUCGGACGGAUCGUGCAGGUGGAUCAGGCCACAAGUUUGGUCUCGUGUGGCAUGUUUGCUAGACUAUGUGUCGAGCUCAAUAUGAGGAAACCAUUGGUGUCAAAGUUUGCAUAUGAAGGGAAAAUAAGGCAUGUCGCAUACGAGGGCAUGCACCUGGUGUGUUUUGCAUGUGGGCUCUACGGCCACACGAAGGAGGGCUGCCCGGCGUUGCAGAGGACAACAGCGGGGCAUGAGGGUGAUAAGACGGAUGCAGGGGGGCUGAGAACGCAGAUGAGCAGCUAA